AUGGCCGAAACACACAAUCCACCGGUCUUUUCCCCGAAAACUCUUUACCAAUCGAGCGUAUUGGCAAUCGCGAAUAAAUUUCUAAGGCUGAGGAAGUAUCUUCCUGAUCUACCGAACGAUGUCCUGUUUGAUGUUUAUUAUCAGUUGUACAAAGAAAAAAGAUUAUGUUUACUGGGGUGUGACUUCAACAAUCUGGAAAUCUUCUCCAAGAUGUUAACAGUCACUAGCCGUCGUGUACAUUUACUACAGAGCUUUCAGAGCCUUAUAGAUCAUAAAAUACAAGUUAAAGAAGAGUUGAGCACGAGUUACACAGUAUGGUAUCUCCAUGGUACUGAAAAUGCAGCUGCAGAUGAGAAAUUAAUACACUUAGGCUUAAGAAUUGGUGGAUUUUUCAGUGAUGGUGGUUGGUAUGCUAGUAGCGAACAGGUGUUGCUAGCAUGCAAACAAUUAUGUCUUGCGAAUAAUUCUACGCCUCAGAAUUGGUGUAGAACAUUAGAAUGUUGCAGAAAAUUAUUACACGUACAAGCAGCGUAUUGCGAAUUUUUACAAGCCACAAAAACACAUCAGCUUGCUCUAGAGUUAAUAGAACGAUUAAAAAAGGCCGGGUAUAAUGAUUACAAUUAUGCAGCUAUAUAUACUGAGUUUAGUAUACUUUUUUAUAUGAAAAGCGAGUAUAAUGAGGCCUACAGAUGGAGUAUAGAAGCACUUGAAGAGUUGAAACCAGCAUUGUCUGCACGUGUUACUGUUGAUGUGUUAAGGCAGGCGGCAAAAUCGUGUGUAUUAAAACGCGAGUUUCAGAGAGCUGGUCUUUUAAUCAGGCAGGCUGUAUAUCUUGCUAAAGAAGUAUUUGGUGUUGAUCAUCCAGUGUACAGUAACGUCCUUAUAGAUUAUGGAUUUUACUGGUUAAACUUUGAUAACAUAAUCAACAGUGUAAACCUUUAUAGGGACGCUUUAGCUAUUAGAACAGAAAUAUUUGGUAAAACGAAUUUACACGUUGCGUUAGCGCACGAGGAUUUAGCUUAUGCUCUUUACGUAUUUGAGUAUAGGUCUGGCGAAUUUCCAGAAGCAAGUGUUCACAUUGAGAAAGCAAUAGACAUAAUGUUAAAACUUUUACAUGGGGAUCAUUUGUUGUUAGCAAGCGCAAAAAGAAUAAAUGCAUUAAUUCUCGAAGAAAUAGCGUUAGAUAAUACAUCGCCGCCAUUGUCGAAACAAAAUCUACUAUUCAAGGCUGAAUGCCUUCAUUUAUCCGCUUUACAAUCGGCAAAAGAGGCAUUCGGCGAAAGAAACGUACAAACAGCAAAACAUUAUGGAAAUUUGGGACGUGUUUAUCAAAGCAUGAGGAAAUGUAAGGAAGCCGAAGCAAUGCAUCUUAAAGCUAUACGUAUUAAAGAAGAAUUAUUAGGACCAGAUGAUCACGAAGUUGGAUUGAGUAUAGGACACUUAGCUUCGUUAUAUAAUUACCACAUGAACCGAUACAGAGACGCUGAGAAGCUUUAUUAUAGGAGUAUCGAAAUUAGUUUAAAAUUGUUCGGUAAAAGCUAUAGUGGCCUAGAAUACGAUUAUCAUGGACUUUUAAACGUUUACACAAAACUGAACGAAUAUCCCAAGGUUCUAAAAUAUGCAACAAUAUUAAAUAAUUGGAAAAUGUUAAGAGAUAAACACUUGGAAUCGGAAGAACCAACGAUUGAUCCUAAAAGACGGCCACAACCAAUCAAAGAAAUAAUCGAAACAUUCUUUUCUAUGUAAUAUAGCUGUAUAUUAAUGUUUUAAUAAUCACUGUCUCGCCGAUUGACAUAUAAUUGAUUCCAACUUUGUUGGAGUAACUCGGGCCAAAGUAUGAAUGAAAUCACGAGUUACGUCAUAUGACCCAGGAUACCGUAAAUCAUAUAUUUGGGGCAGUAUCGUUAAGAUUCUUCAAACAUAGUCACAUGAACUUCGUGUUUCUUCUUUGUACCUCACCAUUUUGUACGUAUUAACUACAUUUACGACUAGUUUUAGCAAAACAAAUCGAGAUUGUUUAGAGCUGAAUGUUUUUGUGUCGAGAUCAAUUGUCGGUAGCAUUUAGAACAUUAUAAGAUUUACACACAUUUCAGAUGACUUACAAGAUAUUAAACAAAAAUUCUCAGAUACUACUUGGUUUAUCGGAUAACUAUAACUGUAAUUAUUUUUAUAAAAUCUAAUUGUAUUUUUUAUUCACAAAUUUUGUGAAAUCAAAUAUGUGAUAUGUGAUGUACUGUUACUUUUUAUUGAUAUUUUGUUCCUAUACAAACAUUGUAAUAAAUAACGAAUCUAGAUAAAUUUUUUGGAUUUCAGAAUAAAUUAAAAAAAAAUAAUAUAACAGGAAUAUAUGUACAGAUUUGUGCUUUUAAAAUAAACGUAAAAAUGAA